CCUCUUUUUGUGCAGCCGUUUGAUCAUUAAAAAGAAAUGUUGAUCAUAUUUAGUAUACUACUGCUCCUCAGGGAAGAAAGUUUCACAAAUGGUCACAACUUUAUUACAAAAACAAUUGGUGUGGGGCAAAAUGUGACACUGACGUGUUCUCGUCCACCGACCCAUAAGUCCCAAAAUAUGUUUUGGAUCAGAUUCACUUCUGGAAACUGGCCUGAAUACCUUGGACAAACAAUAACCCUUGAUUAUGACAGGAUUACCAGAAAUCGUCACUUUACAUCAAAACAGGAGAAAGGAACAUUUAUUCUGCAUAUUAAAGAAGCUCAGUGGAAUGACACUGGGCUUUACUACUGCAUUAAAGUUGAAAACCUAAAGCUGGUAUUUGUGAAUGGAACUUUUUUAAAGGUCAAAGGACAACAAGCAGGCAUCUCUGCUUCAACACAGGUGCCUCUUUCUGAUCCCCUCUACCCAGGAGACCCAGUGACUCUACAGUGUUCAGUUUUAUUUGACUGCAAGGGGACAGAAUGUCCAAGUGAUCACAGGGUCUUCUGGUUCAGAGCUGGAUCAGAUGAGUCACAUCCCAGUGUUAUUGAUGUUGAUGGAAAAAGUGGAAAAGAAUGUGUGAGGAGUCUUGAGGCACCUAAAUGUGUCUACAGCUUCUCGAAGAAUGUCAGUUCCUCUGACACUGGGACUUUCUACUGCGCCGUGGCCACAAAUGAAGAGAUCAUUUUUGGAAAUGGAACUAAACUGGAUGUUCAAGAGCAAUCGAAUCUUUGGAAGUCCAAGAUACUUCUACUCUUAUGUGUGGUUGUGGCUGCAUGUCUAGUUGUCAUCAUG